AUGACCAAGGCCGCGUCUGCUAGCACAUUCCUCUUGGUUGCCGCUGUUGUAUACGUUCCUGCUCUUGCAUUUGCAAAAUUCGGCCUGGUGAUUCUUUACCAUCGCAGUAUGAAUAAAAAAUCCGCAGUGGUAGGUGGUUACAGCAUUGCAAUAAUCUUCGCACUCAUAUUCACUUGUAAUCCAAUCCAAAGGAGUUGGAGUUCAUCGAUUACAGGGGGCUCCCGUAUUGAUCGCAAUGGUCUAUAUAUUGCCACGGCAGUGACCAAUAUCAUUACAGACCUAGCACUCAUCGUGAUUCCAAUUCCGUUGUUAUGUGGGUUACAUAUGCCACGGAUGCAGAAAAUUGGUCUGCUCGCGAUAUUUGCUAUCGGCUGCGCAUAA